AUGAUGAUAUUCACUGAUGACAGCUUUAGCAGGGUUGCUUUUCAUAAUUUGCUUAAACUUAAAGGCGGCAGCGACGGCGGCUCUGGAGGCCGCAGUCCCGGUCCUGGCUUCGGCCCCAGCCCCACCGUGGUGACGGUCGCUGGGCUGCUGGCGCUCCGGGCCGCCCUCCUGGCCACGGUCUCGGGCUACUUCGUCAGCAUCGACGCACAUGCUGAAGAGUGCUUCUUCGAGCGGGUCACCCCGGGCACCAAGAUGGGCCUCAUCUUCGAGGUGGCCGAGGGCGGCUUCCUGGACAUCGACGUGGAGAUUGCAGGGCCUGAUAACAGAGGAAUUUAUAAAGGAGACCGGAAGUCCAGUGGGAAAUACACCUUUGCUGCUCACAUGGAUGGAACGUUUAAGUUUUGUUUCAGCAAUAGGAUGUCCACCAUGACUCCAAAGAUAGUGAUGUUCACCAUUGAUAUUGGGGAGGCCCCCAAAGGACAAGACAUGGGAACAGAAGCUCACCAGAACAAGCUAGAAGAAAUGAUUAAUGAGCUCACAGUGGCGAAGACAGCUGUAAAGCACGAACAGGAAUACAUGGAAGUUCGGGAGAGAAUACACAGGGCAGUCAAUGACAACACAAACAGCAGAGUGGUCCUUUGGUCCUUCUUUGAAGCUCUUGUUCUAGUUGCCAUGACAUUGGGACAGAUCUACUACCUGAAGAGAUUUUUUGAAGUCUGGAGGGUUGUUUAAAAAAGCCUUUUCCUGAUGAUCCCAAACUCAUAAUGCACUGUUUACCAAACAUCUUGGUCAUAAUAAUGUCAUUAGUUUCAACGUUUUUAUUUUCUAAACUGUACAUU